GUACGAUCGGAUGGUGCAGCGCUCGAAUGGAUCCACGAGUUAAAACCCUCUUCCUCUCUCUCUCUCGCUUCGUCUUCCUCCUCCACACGAAGCGGCAGCGCCACCACCACCUCCGCCGCUCUCUCCACUGCGCCGCCGGCGCCAUGAGCCUCCUCAGCAACUCCCUCCUGCUCCAAGGGCGGUUGCGGCAUGCGGCGGCUUCAGCGGUGGCGGCGGCGGCGAUGGGGCGGCGCGGGGUGGCGACGUCGACGGAGGAGUACAAUCGCCGGAACUACGCCAACAACAUCUCCGAGUACAAUACCGUCUUCGGGUCCCUCACCGCGCAGCGCAGGCACUACCUAUUGCGUGAUGCUUAUGAUGACAUGAUGCUUGAUGGGGUUCAGCCUGUGCGGGACACAUUCCACAAUCUCAUAGUCGGUGCCAUGAAAGGCAGCCGGCUACAAGAUGCAUUCUACUUUCGUGAUCAGAUGAAAGAAAUGGGUUUGCAGCCUGAUGUUAACCUUUACAACUUCUUGAUCUCCACUUGUGGGAAAAGCAAAAACUCAGAUGCAGCGAUCAUGCUUUUAGAAGAAAUGAAGGCACAUGGCGUUAAGUUGAAAGGUGAAACAUACACUUGUCUUUUGAAUGCACUUGCAGCAACAGGGCGUACAGAUCAAGUGUAUGCUAUAGUUCGUGAUAUGACCGCUGCUGGGCUUGGAUUAAACAAGUUUUGUUAUGCUGGACUAAUAACCGCAUUCAAGAACAAGGCACCAACCACUGAGGAGACUAUGACAAAAAUUGUCGAGUUUGUUCAGCAGUCAAAAGGUUGGAAAAAUGUUGAAAGAGUAUCAAAAGAUAGCUCCGAAAAUAUAAUGAUGAAUGUGUCAGAGGAAGAGCUUUAUAACCUGCCAACAGCUGAAUAUGUACAUAGACAAGCAUUUGUCUAUAAACAGAUGACAAUUUAUCAUGUUGCUAUCCAUGCUUGUGCAGACCUGAAGAGCAAAGAGACACUUGAAGUACUUCUUGACAUGCUUAUUAAAGAUGGAUUUACUUAUGAUGCCUUCAUUGCGAUGCAAGCUAUGAGGUGUUAUCUUCAAUGUGGAGAUAUUGAUUCCGCCGUUAAGAUUUUUGAAGAGUACACAAGCUCAAAAUCCCCGCCUGCAGAGUUGUAUGUGACACUUGCUGAGGGAGCUAUGAUUGGGCAUACACCAAGAGGAAUGCAACUUGCUCAAGAAACCAUAGAGAAGAUGACUUCGAGAAAUUUCUUCUUAAACGCAAGGAUGGGAACUGAUCUUCUACUUGCAGCUUCAGGUGAAAAGACUGGUGGAUAUACAAUAGCAAAUUAUGUCUGGGAUCUCAUGCAAAACCGCAGAAUCACUCCAUCACUUCCUGCUGUUGAAGCAUACUACAAGGGUUUGAAGGAACGUGAAAUUCCUUCUGAUGAUCCACGGCUCAUGAAUGUUAGCCGUGUCUUGGACAAUCUGAGCAUUCGUUUUGGACCAAGGAGAAACAGUAACGCACAGGCAUAAUGUCGUCGUCACUAAUCCAAUGCGAGUUAGAUUUUGUGUUAAUAAAACUGCUGGAUACAUCAUCAAUAUGUUAGCACUUGAGAAGAUCAACGAACUGAAAUUAGGAUAGCACAAAGCGAAUAUGAAACCAUCAAGAGAUGAAACCAUCAAGCAUGAUGACAAGGAUCAGGGUACCCAAGUCCAACCUGAAGGAUUUUCAUCCGCAUCGCGGAAAAUCUGAUUCUCAAGUUUCUUUUAACUUUUGUAAACUUACUGUUGUCGGAAUGUUACUUAUCACACUGGUUUAGAGAGUUUAUUCUGCUGAGUAAUUUGACAUUAGAUGUCCAUUCCAUUGCUACCUUUCAGGCUUCAGCUGCGAGUGUAUCUGAAUGGUCAUUUCUCAGUUUGACAAAUAAUUGUUGUGAGUUUAACUUCAAAGAAUCACUGGAAGAAUUUUAUGCAAAGGAAUAUUAUGACUCCCUGGUUCA